AUGCGUCUUGCCCCGCAGCCAAGCGCGCAACCCCUGCGGCUCCUGGCGGUGCUGCUCCUCCUCGCCACGGGGGUGAUCGCGUCCCCGGUCAUCUCCUCCGGCUGCCCCGACCGGUGCGUGUGCGACGACCAGCUGGUGGUCCAGUGCGCCGGGCAACAUCUGACCAGCUUCCCGGUCAACCUGCCGCUGGCCACCCGGCAGCUCAUCAUCUCCAACAACCGCAUCGUGGAGCUGCCGCCGCUGGCGCUCAACUAUCUCUCGGACCUGGUGUACCUGGACUGCAGCAACAACUCCCUGACCGAGAUCUCAGAGUCCACGUUCGGGAACCUGCGCAAGCUGGCCUACCUGGACCUCUCCUUCAACACCCUGACCCGGAUCGAGGACCGGACCUUCGGGCCCUUGGCGAGCCUGGUGAUGCUGAGGAUGACGGACAACCCGGGGCUCUCGGAGAUCCACCCGGACACCUUCUCGGAGAACGCAGUGCUCCAGGUUCUGGACGUGAGCAGGAACAACCUGACGGUGCUCAACAUCACCUCCCUGAUCGCCAUGCCCUCCCUGCGCUCCCUGGGACUCAGCGGGAACCCGUGGAGCUGCGAGUGCGACAACGAGGACCUGUGUCUGUGGGUCCACCUGGAGGGCUUCAAGUUCCAAGAUGAGGGCCAGAGCGUGUGCGGCUCACCUGUCGACAUGCAGGGCCGUCGACUCGGUGACGUGGGCAUCCAGCUGCGGACGUUAUGUCACCAGACUCUGGGCUCCUGGGACUACAUUUUCUUUAUCGCCAUCGGCUUCAUCAUCUUUGCUGCCGGCACCGUGUCGGCCUGGGUGAUGGGCGUCAUAAUGGUGCUCUACGAGCGCUACAUCAAGAAAAAAGAUGAACGGCUCGAAGUGGACGAGGACGAGGAGGGGGAAGAAACCACUGAGACGGGCCACACCUCGCGGGCCAGGAGUGACCAUGGCAACGGGAAUUUAAAAACCUUGCACAAUGUUUAA